AUGGCAACGAACAUCACUUUCCACCCAGGCUCAGUCACGGCCACGGAACGCGCCGCCCUACUCUCCCAACCCGGGCUCACCCUUUGGCUCACAGGCCUCUCCGGGUCAGGAAAGUCCACUAUCGCCUGCGCGCUUGAACAGCAUCUCCUUCACCUGCGGAAGUCCGCUUACAGGCUGGAUGGGGACAACGUCCGUAUGGGCCUGAACAAGGACCUCGGCUUUGGGCAGAAGGACAGGGAGGAGAACAUUAGGCGUAUUGGGGAGGUGGCGAAACUUUUUGCGGACGCAUGUACGAUCGCUAUCACUUCGUUCAUCUCCCCUUACAGGGCGGACCGAGACCUGGCACGGUCGAUACAUACGCAGGCUCGCCUACCCUUUGUCGAGAUAUAUAUCGACGUGCCCCUACAAGUGGCAGAAUUGAGGGACCCGAAGGGGUUGUACGUGAAGGCAAGGAAAGGGGAGAUCCCUGAUUUCACUGGGAUUUCAGCGCCUUAUGAGGCUCCGAAGACGCCGGAGAUCCAUUUGCGUACGGAUAAAUUGAGUAUUGAGGAGUGUGUCAAGAAGAUCAUGGAGUAUCUUGUGGAGAAGCGGUAUGUGGUGUUGUAA